CACAAUCUACAUACCACAGUGAAUCAGAAAAACCAGUAAAAAAAAAAACACUCGUGACAACAGUAUUACUCUCAAAUACUCUCUCUCUCUCUCUCUCUCUGUCUCUCUAUUUUUGUUCUUUUGUCUUUGUUUGUCAUCUGUAUAUCUCUGUGUUCAUCAUCUAUCUACCUCUCUGUCUGUGUCCACUCACGUUGGUCGAGAAACAAAUUAGUCAUGAAUCUUAUGUUCCGCAAGAACUUCGGCGGCGAGAAGGGACUCGGUGGUGGUGGAGGAGGAGGAGGAGGCGGACUGGAGGGUCGGUCGGUCCUGGGAGCCCCUUACGGGCCGUCCACUUUGGGUUACACGGGGACGCGGUUCGGCGUGGUGCGCGGCGCCGGCCAGUCGGCCGUCGGGACGCGCGCACCGAUCCGACGAAGCAGGGAGUUCGGCUACUUUCCAUCGAUGGCCGAUCACGAGCACCAGGGAUACGGUUACCGGACUCACCUGUUCCUCACACCGCCAACAGGCGGUGCACUUGGCUCGCCGCCGGACGAGCCUACGGAGAGGCUCGGUCCACCGCCGAGGAAGAAUUCCGGACCUCACGUGAUCAAAUGGGGAGGAGGUGGUGGAGGUGGAGGAAGCGCGUCUGCACAGACACCGGCUCCCGCUGGACCAACCAGGAGGAAACAGGCCCAAAACGCGCAACAGAAGGAACCAUCGGAACCACCUACGCCUACUGCUUCCAGACAGGUUUCCUUCAGUGGGAACCGGACAUCCGGCGCGUACACGCCCCUGGUGGUUUCCGGAAACAGCCCUCCGCGUGGCGAACCAAUCUCCCUGGCCACCUUGGACCGCGACUGUUUCAUCAUUCCCCUCGCAUCUCUUGAACGCUUUUUACCUGCGGGAGUACCGCUUUAUUCCGACUCGUUCCAGCACGCGCCGAUCGCGGACAAAAAGAGGCCAGGAAGUCCUCUGUCGGUCCUCGAGGUUGAGGACCCGAAGCAAUGUGUUCUCGCGCAUUUCAUGACGCCACUGGAGCCGCUGGAUCCUUUGAUGGAGUCUCCGGUCUCCCGGCCGUUGAUCCUACAACGGGACACCGCGGCUGAAUUGGUCGCUGAAAUAGCACCGUCUGCUUCUCAGAGCAUUCUACUCACGAAUAUGGAGAAAAAUGCGGAUUUUCCUUUCAUCACGUAUUACCUGAUAAACAAGCAGAAGACAGAUCCUGUGGAUUUCUACAACGAGGUUCAAUGCGCUGCCCUGAGGAAGUUUGAUCCUAGGGAUCUACGGUACGCGGCCAGUCAUACGUUGGAUUUGUUCAAUGAGGUGGCCACUAUAGCGAGGCCACCUCUGGAACCACCUGGUGUCAGACCACCGAUUCCGUCCACCGGCUACAUCGUCUCGAUUUUUAAGGUGUUCGAGGGCGACGACGGCCUCAAGUUCGAACAGAACUGGCUCUACUGGACUGGUGCCCGCAUGAUAUACCGAUACUUGCCGAAAUCGGUAGGCCUGAGGCGGAUCACGCUGCACAAGUCCAUGUCGCAGGGUGACAAGAUGUACCUCCUGAUCUGCGAGUGCUCGCAGCUGCAAGACAAUCUCUCCGCGGCGGCGAUCCUGUUGCCGGCGUUGCGUGCCCGUUUGUGCGGUUACACGGGUCUCUAUCGACCAUCUGUGUGUUUCUGAUUCCUUCGGAAACGCUGACCACGCGAGAAGGACGCCACGGUGCAACGCGGGGAAAGGUCCACUCUGUGAACCAUCCACUAGCAGGGAACGAGAAUCAUCGGUGCCAGGCUGGUACGCCUGUCGCGGUUCGUUCGCGUUGCACGCGUCAACAACUAAGCUCGUGGUGUUGCGUGGUUUAGCGUUGUUAUCCCACUCGGCGAACGCAAUAUUCUAUAGUCGAUAAGGAUCUCUCUAGUCUCGAGAAUAGCGAGAGGGGAAAACAUUUUCGAUCGGCGGAUAAACACGGUAAACGAAGAACGUUUAUUGUUACAAUACAGUGGUAAUCAGCGGAUAAAAGGGGAAAAAGAUUUUUCAGGGCUCGUUUCGUGGUUAUGUCGUAAAAACCAGCCUCCUGUAAUAUUGGUAGAUCCAGCUCUACGUACUAUACAUACAUACACACUUUGAUCGUUUCACGAAUUCUGCCCGGUUUUAUAAAGUCACUUAUUUUCUAUAUCGCGCCAUCGCGGUGUAACGAGUUUCACGUGGCCGUGUAACGCGCCGCCACUCGCCACUUUUAUCGAGCCGUACUGCCGACGUUAUUACGAAUCUCGCAAUUUCGUGAAACGAGCCCCAACUCUGCCCCCCCUCCUUCCUAACGCCAGAGUUCAAUAGCCACAGUCCACAGGAUAAAUUGGAGACCUUUCGGUCGUGAUCUCUCUCUCUCUCUCUCUCUUUCUCUACCUUUAUCUCACUCUCACUCUCUCUUUCUCUGGUCACGACGAGACAGGGGAAAAAAGUAUGGCGAAAAGACGAAAGAAAAGUUGAAAGGGAGGCACGUUCGUAUACGCUUUAGGGAAAUCUCGAUGAAAAAUCUGUACGCUUCGGGCUGCACACCCGGUCUAGCUACGCCUCUGGCCAGUUUGUAUUUUUCGACUUUACAUAUUUCAUCCAGCGUUUUAUGCGAGCGUACGCGUCGCUCAAUAACCUCGAGGCGCAUCUUGCAUGUACAUACAUAGAGAUUUGCGAGACACUUUUAUUACUAUAUUAUCGACGACUAUCGAUUAAAUCGCUAACUACAUAUCAUUAUACUCGAGAAACUGUGAUAUUCGAUCGAUUACCGCAUAUAU